AGUAAACUCGCACAGUGUUAUGGCUUCUGCCAAUCUGCAAGAAAAGGCAAAUUUUACAAGACUCAGUAGACUUUUGGUUAACAAAGGAACUGAAGCUUUGAGAAAUACAUUUGACGCUGUUCAUCCUCCUGCCAACCUACAGGCAGUUCUAGCUGCAAACAGAGCAUCUCUUUUGAAGUUAAAAUUUCGAGUUAUCAAUAAUCCUCAGUGGGAUUUACUGUUCCCUCCUCCAUCCGGUAACCCGCCAAAUUCCAAAACCUUUGAUGUUACAUUACUUACAGUUCUGUUCCGGAACAUUUGUGGCUUACCAUCAACAGGAUGGAGUGCAAUGCCUCCGGACACGGACAGGUCAAUGCAAGCAAAUAUCGUACGACUCAAGUUCCUUAGAAACGAAAUUUAUGCACACGUGACGUUAACUCAAGUGGAUAAUGCAACAUUUGAAUCGUUAUGGCAGAAAAUUUCCCAGACUUUGGUAGAAUUGAAUAUUCCACAGCAUGAUGUCGAUGAUUUAAAAACUUCUCCUUUAGGACGUGAAGAAGAAAUAUAUGUGAAGAUACUUGAAGAAUGGAAAUCACAAGAAGAAGAUUCUAUAAAAAUGCUAGAAUGCUUGAGUGAUGAUGUUAAAUCCAUGGAGAGUUCUAUAAAUCGUUUGACACAAAUUGCUGAAGAAAACCGCGAUGGAAUGAAACAAAAGAUUAAAAAUUCGAUCACACGUCAUUCACAAGCAUCUAAGGAUACCAAUUAUCAGAAUAAUUGCAGCAAAGAGAAUGAUGAAUAUCUCUUACAGAAACUUGCGAAGCAUAACUUCAAGAGUAAAAUUAGAAGUAAAGUCAAGUUUUUCCAUCCUGGCACAAGAGAGUGGUUUUUAAAGGAAGUUGAAAGGUUUUUCAAAAAUGAGUAUAAAAAAGAGUAUAAAAAAUGA